AUGAGCCACUGCCGCGUAACGGUGGAGUGGGGAUUCAAAGAGAUGACCGGCAAGUGGGCCUUUGUGAACAUGAAGCCGCAGCAGAAAUUCUUGCUAAGCCCUGUCGCCAAGCAGUACCUGGUAGCCACUCUGCUUUCUAACUGGCACUCAUGCAUGAACGGGGGCAACGAGAUUUCGCAAUACUUUGGCGUGGUGCCACCCACUUUCGAGGAGUACGUAGCGGUGUAA